CAAACACAUUGUGUAGCUGAUCACUUACCUCCAAAAUUCAAAGUCCAGUAUAAGUUCUCUAAAACAAGAUGCCUUUCAAAAUAACACUAGAAUUAACUGAGAUGCAAAAUAUGAAGCUUCCUGAGGAUGACAAUGUUAGCAAUGAUUCAAAUGAUUUUACAGAAGUAGAAAAUGGACAAAUGAAUAGCAAGUUCAUCGCAGACCGUGAGAGCAGAAGAAGCCUAACUAACAGUCAUUUGGAAAAGAAGAAGUGUGAUGAAUACAGUCCAGGAACAACAUCUUUGGGAAUGUCUGUCUUCAACCUUAGUAAUGCUAUCAUGGGCAGUGGGAUAUUGGGUCUUGCCUUUGCUUUGGCCAACACAGGAAUUGUACUCUUUGCGUUGCUUUUGAUUUCAGUGACACUGCUCUCCAUUUAUUCAAUAAAUCUCCUGUUAGCAUGUGCAAAGGAAACAGGCUGCAUGGUUUAUGAAAAACUUGGAGAACAGGUUUUUGGCACUCCAGGAAAGAUUAUUGUUUUUGGAUCUACGUCUCUUCAGAACACUGGAGCUAUGUUGAGCUACCUCUUUAUAGUUAAAAAUGAACUGCCUGCUGCCAUAAAGUUCCUUAUGGGAGAAGGUGACACAUUUGUAGCCUGGUAUGUGGAUGGACGAGUUCUGGUCGUAGCUGUGACCUUUUUAAUAAUUCUUCCUCUAUGCCUUCUGAAAAAUUUGGGCUAUCUUGGCUAUACUAGUGGCUUUUCCCUGACAUGCAUGGUAUUUUUUCUCAUAGUGGUCAUAUACAAGAAAUUUCAGCUUUCAUGUCCUUUUCUGGACAGAAAUGCAACAGAUGCUACCUUUUCCAAUUUUAGUUUUGGCACGGAGGGAUGCAGACCAAAGUAUGUUACAUUUAAUUCUAAGAGUGUGUAUGCUUUGCCUACCAUUGCAUUUGCAUUUGUAUGCCAUCCAUCAGUCCUUCCAAUCUACAGUGAACUUAAAGAUCCUUCCCAGAAAAGAAUGCAGAUGGUUACAAAAAUCUCUUUCUUUGCCAUGUUUGUCAUGUACUUUUUAACUGCUAUUUUUGGCUAUUUGACAUUUUAUGAAUCUGUACAAUCAGAUUUGCUUCACAAAUACCAGAAUAAAGAUGACAUCCUUGUCUUAACUGUUCGUGUUGCCGUCAUUAUUGCAGUCAUACUUACAGUCCCUGUGUUAUUUUUCACUGUUCGUUCAUCUAUAUUUGAGCUUGCUAGAAAAAACAAAUUUCAUUUAUGCCAACAUAUUGUGGUUACAUUGGUCCUUUUGAUGAUCAUUAACCUGCUGGUUAUUUUUAUACCUUCCAUGGAGGAUAUUUUUGGAGUUGUAGGAACAACAUCUGCCAAUAUGUUGAUUUUUAUUCUUCCAUCUUCACUCUAUUUGAAAAUCACCCAUCAAGAUGGUUCAAAACUGAUUCAGAGAAUUUGGGCUUCCUUCUUUUUGGCAUUAGGAAUUUUAUUUUCCAUGGUGAGCAUUCCUCUUGUCAUCUAUGAUUGGGUGCAUUAAGACAUGCCACUGAAGGUUAGUGAGAUACCAAGAAGAACACUUGCUGUUCAAAAAACCAUCGGCACCUAUAUUGCCAGUAUGUCCUACUCAUCAGAAAUAUCCUCUAUGAAACAAACAAACAAGAAUUAAUCAUCACUGCAUAUUUUCCACAGGAGAUAGUUAAUUUGUAAUUUUUGCAUCAGUAUUAUUACAGAGGUCAAAACAAUUUCACAGAUCCCAUUGGUCAUAGGUCUUCCUGUUGCAGUAAAUGGUAAUGAAAUACCUGAAAAAUAUCUUCUACUGCUUCAUACAUUGCACAGGAAUAUUUCUUCUGAUUUUCAGCUAAAAUCCAUUAGCUAUUAUCCUGAUCAAAGGAGAUCACAUUGGUGCAGUAAUGUGGUUAACAAUUAGAUAGAUAACUAGUAUUUGGUCACAUAUAGACUCAAUGGAGUCUUUUGAUAUUAAUAAACAAAGAGUAAUUAUUUAAGCUCAGUUAUCCUUGUGGGAGAUAUGUAUGCAUGUGUAUCCAUUUUCAAAAUAGUUUCCCAGGAAAUUGCAUCUGAUCUCCCUGUCCCUCUACAAUAUUAUUUGAAUUAAAAUACACCAAAAUCAAAAGAAACAGAUCCAGAGGUAAUGUGUGUGAGAUAUAAAAUUUCUUGGCGCCAGAAUUACAUUUGUAAAUAUAUAUAUAUAUAUAUAUAUGUGU